CGGCGGCUUUAAAGGCGGUGGGGUGGGCGGCGGGGCAUGCGGCGGCACCAUGCGGCGGGCGCUCGGCACCUGGGGCUGCUGCUGGGCGCUGCUGCUGCUGCCGCCGCUGCUGCUGCCCGCGGCGGGGGCCUCCCCGCACCGCCCGCGCCUGCAGCCCGGCGGCCGCUCCGGGAGCCUCGCCGCGGCAGACACUGCCUGCAAGAACCGGCCCCUGGACCUUGUCUUCAUCAUAGACAGUUCCCGUAGUGUCCGACCUGAAGAAUUUGAGAAAGUGAAAAUCUUUUUGUCAGAAAUGAUUGAUACUCUGGAUGUUGGUGAAAGAACAACCCGUGUGGCAGUCAUGAAUUAUGCUAGCACUGUCAAGGUAGAGUUUCCCCUCCGGACCUACUUUGAUAAAGCAUCUAUGAAGGAGGCGAUAUCUCACAUCAAGCCCUUGUCUGCUGGCACAAUGACCGGCCUUGCCAUCCAAACUGCCAUGGAUGAAGUCUUCACUGAGGAAAUGGGCACCCGGCCAGCAACCUUCAAUAUCCCCAAGGUGGUCAUUGUUGUGACAGACGGACGGCCGCAAGACCAGGUUCAAGGUGUGGCAGCAAGUGCCCGGACAGCUGGCAUUGAGAUCUAUGCCGUUGGGGUAGACCGGGCAGACAUGCAGUCCCUGAGGGUAAUGGCCAGCGAACCACUGGAUGAACACGUCUUCUAUGUGGAGACCUAUGGUGUGAUUGAAAAGCUGACAUCCAAAUUCAGAGAGACUUUCUGUGCUGUGAAUGUGUGUGCACUUGGGACCCAUGACUGCGAGCAGGUCUGUGUGAGUAACGGCGGAACCUACCUUUGUGAUUGCUAUGAAGGCUACACUCUGAAUCCAGAUAAGAGAACCUGCUCAGCUGUGGACGUGUGUGCACCUGGAAGGCAUGAGUGUGAUCAGAUCUGUGUGAGUAACAACACAUCCUAUGUCUGUGAAUGCUAUGAAGGCUACACCCUGAAUCCAGAUAAGAAGACUUGCUCAGCCACGGACAUAUGUGCACCUGGAAGGCAUGAUUGUGCACAAGUCUGUCUGAGUAAUGGUGGAUCCUACAGCUGUAACUGCUAUGAAGGAUACACUCUGAAUCCAGAUAAGAAGACUUGCUCAGCUGUCGAUAUGUGUGCACCUGGAAGGCAUGACUGCGAGCAGGUCUGCGUGAGAGAUGAUCUGUUCUAUACUUGUGACUGCUACCAAGGCUACACCCUGAAUCCAGACAAGAAGACUUGCUCAAGAGCCAUAACAAGCAGUCUCGUAACAACUGAAGAGUCCUGUAAGUGUGAAGCCAUAGCUGCCCUGCAAGACUCAGUCACUUCACGCCUUGAAGCUCUGUCCACAAAAUUAGAUGAAGUGUCUGAGAAGCUGCAGGCAUAUCAAGGCAGACAGCAGGUUGUCUGAGCUAUCAUUCUACUUAGUUUUAAAAUAAUCUUUCAGAAUCAAUCCUUUUUACUGCAUUCAGCAAGCUUUAUUUUGUUGCACAGCUUACAAAACAGCAGUUGGUUUGUUACUAUUGGCAAAUGCCAGGAAGACUCCAGGAAGACCACAGUCUUGAAAAUAUAGUGACCCUGAGGAUUUUCAUGUACAGUCACUUUAUAACCAUAAGGCUACCUAUACCUGCUGUGGCUUCACUUUUGUACUACAAGUAGUACAGCAGGUACUGCUUUUCUGCAGUAACUGCAUUUUUAUUCUCUUAUUUAAAAGUAAGUACAGAAAAAAUGAAUAGACACAGUAUAUCACAUUAUAUAAAACUGUGAAAUGGCAAGGCAGACUAAAAAUGUGACCAUAUCUUCUGUCCAUUAAUGAGAAAGUAAAUUGGGGUCUUCUAACUUGUUUCAAUAAAAUAAAGUAUGAUAUGCACACUGAU